ACAUUGUUGAUACUUGAAUCUGUAUCAGACAAUCAACCAUUGAUUGAUUCAACAAUCUGCUUCUGAAGUGAAUACUCGGACUCAAAUUAUUCUAAGAACAUUUUAUCGCGUUUUGUAUUCAAUUUUUCAAAAUGGAAACGGGCGGAACAAGAUAAAUUUUCUUUGAGUCAAUUAAUCAACCUGAUUAGUUUUAUAUUCAUAUAUUGAAGAGUGGAAAUAUUGUCGAAUUAUUAUUUGCUAUUUUGAAGAAAAAAAUAUGAAUGAAAUAAUUCAACCAACGUAUUCAAGACAAUCCCAAAAAUUUAAUCAAGCUAUCUUAAAACAUGAAUGUGACGAAUGUGGCAUGCAAUUUGGAAAGUUCGUUCAAUUGCAAAAACAUAUCAAUUUAAUCCACGUAGCUACUAAAAAGUAUGAAUGCACAAAAUGUGACAAAAGUUUUUUGACUGAGUUGAAGUUGUCUCAACAUAAUGUACUUAUUCAUUCUGCUCCUAAGAUACAUGAAUGUCACGAGUGUCAAAAAAUAUUUAAAAGCAAAUAUUCUUUGAAGUUGCAUUUAGAUGCAGUUCACUUGAAGAUUAAAGAAUACAAAUGCACUGAGUGUGACAAAACAUUUGGAUGGAACAGUACUUUAAGGAAGCACAUGUCUGCCCACCUUGAUUUGAAGCAACAUAAAUGUUCUAAAUGCGACGAAAUUUAUAGGACUAAAGAAGAAUUAAAAAAACAUAUUAACGACGUUCACAUGAGUGAAGGAAAACACAAAUGCAGUGAAUGCCCGAAAGUAUUUGGAAGGGGCGACAAUUUGAAAAAACACAUUGAUUCAGUACAUCGGUUUAAUACCGAAAAAAAAUCUGGACGAAAUGAAAAACAAUUUAUUGAUAGGAAAUCUGAAAUUACGCAUAUACAGGUGCCUCAAGAAGGUCUCCAAAAACAAGAAUGUAAAGAGUGUCACAAACCAUUUAGACUUGUAUCACAAUUAAAAAGACACAUGGACUUAGUUCAUUUGAAACUCCGUGAUUUUGCUUGUGAACAAUGUGGCAAAAAAUUUGGCGCAAAUGCCGCUUUAAAAAGACAUGUAGAUUUGGUCCACUUGGGUAUAAAAAAAUACGAAUGUGAAAAAUGUCAUCAAAAAUGUGCCACUUUAUCAAGUCUUAAGCGACACAUGCAGACAGCUCAUCAAGAUAUAAUACUAUUGAAUGAUAUAAGCAUUAUAGAAUCGUGUUUAGAAUUACAAAUUUGUUCUUACGAAGAUCAACAAGUGAUCAGAAUUCAAUAAAAUCUAUAGGGGACAACGUACAGUCCUUAUUUUUCCUCGACGAGUUACUUACAUAAAACAUGAUUAUAACAACUACUUUCAAUAGAAACUAUUAAUGUUGGAAUUAUCGUUUUCUAAGAUGAAAUUAUUAAACAACUUUUAAACAAUAUUAUUAUGUACUUUUUAAUCUGUAAAUAAAUUAUUUUUAAUUUU